UUGUGACUGCAGAGCAACCGGCCAUGCACCCUGGAUUCCCUGCGGCCCCUGGGCUCUCUGAACCAGGGCCCCGAGAGUUGUGCGCUUUUGUGAGCGGGGCUUCAGCCCACAUCCUGCGAGCCCUGCAGCCCAGGCGUACCCGGCCCCCCAAGCGCAAGCCCAACCACCGGAGGUUUCUACACAACCAGAUCUGCAGGCAGUUUGCCAAGAUUGAAGCCGCCACCCAGCACCUGGCCCUGUCCAUCCUGUCUCAAAAAGGGCCUCCCCAGAGACCACCACCCAGAAGACCACCUCCACCGCCUCCAUCCCCCUUCCUGGGGGUGGCCUGCGCUGAGGCCCCUGUGGAAGUGCCCCACGAUGACGGCCCCAGCCUAAGUCUAGCUGCUCUGGACACCUCGACCCUUGACCUCUUUGAUGACAUUCUGCUCAGUCCUGCAUGCCCCCUGGUGGCUACUGAAGACCUCUGCCAGACACCCCAAGAGGCGCCUGAACUCAUCUCUCCUGCUCCAGGCCCAGGAAACCAGACAGACCCAACCCCAGUGCAGGCUCCAAGGUUCUCCAGACCUCUGCCCCCUCCCCAGAACGCCCACGAGGAAAGUCCAGAGCCUACAGCUCUAGGCUGGGGUUGGGUGGACAGUUGGGAAGCACCUUGUGCCUGGGAUCCUAGAGGAAUUCUGGAUGGCUGGGGGACCCUUUGAAACCUAUUCGAGACACAGGCCUGACCCAAUCUCCCCUCUGGACAGACCUGAGAUGUACGACUCAGCUGGUAGACUGUGUGCCCAAUGUGCAAGCAUCCCAGGGUUCCAGCCCCAGAACCCACAAACCUGUAAAACAAACCAAUCCCAGACACUCACUGGGAACCACCAGGAGCUCUGCUCCUGGGCCCAGGGCCCCUCUGUUCACUCCCUGCCUAUGAAUUUUCCUUUCUCCCUUCCCAGCACAGGUUGCCUCCCCUUCCCUCCCCCACUCUUCUCU